CGCCCACGCGAUCCGUCAGGCAGAUGCGGAGAAAGCGAGAGAGGAAAGGCGAAGCAUCACUUCAACUUAAUUGAACUUUAUCUCCCGAGCACUGGGACUCCUGCCGGGUGUAUUUUAUAACACACUCAGGACUGACUAUAAUUUGAACGUUGCGAAGGUUUUUUUAAAUGUUGGAGUCGCGUUUGACCAUGGAUUCAGUCGCACCUGGGAAAAAAAGCAUUUGCAGAUAAUGCUCAAACAGGUGGAGUGAUUCAGAGAAACAGACAGGAAGAGGGGUGAGACGACUAAGUGGUUUCUUUAGCAUUCGCUUUCAGGGCGAUAGGCUGGCCAGCAUCCAGAUGCUAUAACUGUACUGUAUCAGCGUACAAACCUCAAAAGUGAGUUCAGAGCGAAGGAAGGAGAAAUCCAGAGAUGCGGCACGUUGUCGGAGAGGAAAAGAGUCAGAGGUGUUUUAUGAACUGGCCAGAGAACUGCCCCUCCCCCACAGCGUCACCUCUAACCUGGAUAAAGCAUCAGUCAUGAGACUCGCACUUAGUUACCUGCGCCUGCGUAAACUACUGAACACAGAUGUACCGAAUGUGGAAUCUGAAUUAGAUUCUCAGUGGAACAGUUCAUAUCUGAAAGCACUGGACGGGUUUCUCAUGGUCCUUUCUGCAGAUGGCGACAUUGUCUACCUGUCAGAGAAUGUCAGCAAGUGUCUGGGCCUUCCUCAGAUCGACCUUACUGGACACAGUGUGUUUGAGUUUACUCAUCCAUGUGACCAUGAGGAGCUCAGAGAAAUGCUGGCACGCAGGACUGGUCAGUCUAAGAAAGCGAAGGAGCAGCACACAAACAGGAGUUUUCUAUUGAGGAUGAAAUGUACACUAACCAGCAGAGGGCGCACUGUCAAUGUCAAAUCUGCCUCCUGGAAGGUGCUGCGCUGUUCGGGCCAUAUCCACACAACAGAUGGCAUCAAGAAGGGUGGGUGUGAGGAAAAAAAUGUGUGUUCAACGUACCUGGUGCUCAUCUGUGAGUCUAUUCCCCACCCGGCGAACAUUGAGGCUCCUCUGGAUUCUAGAACAUUUCUCAGCCGCCACACUUUAGAUAUGCGCUUCACCUACUGCGACGAGAGGAUCACAGAUCUGUUGGGUUUUGAGCCAGUGGAUCUGUUGCAACAUUCUGUGUAUGAAUACUAUCACGCACUGGAUUCUGACCACAUGACCAAAACACACCACAACCUGUUUGUGAAGGGACAAGUGUGUACUGGACAGUACCGGCUGCUGGCUAAGGCAGGAGGGUUUGCUUGGGCAGAGACUCAAGCCACUGUGAUCUAUAACAGUAAAAACUCCCAGCCACAGUGUGUGGUCUGCGUUAACUACAUCCUCAGUGGCAUUGAGCAGCCCAAACAAAUCCUGUCCCUUCAGCAAACCAACAGCACAAAAAUUAAAAAGGAACAGGAAGAACACCACUCGGAGUCACUCGGAACUGAAGUGACUACAGCAGAGCUGAAAGACGAGGCCAAGGCAGAGAAUGAGAAGAAAGAAGAGUGUGUGAGAGAGGAGCUACAUGACAGCCUGAAGGGGGAGCCAGAGGCACUGACUGUAGCAGACCCUGUCCUCACUCUGGAUAUCACCAACACAGACUCCGCACUCUCUGUGUUGACAGAAAUUCCUCUCUACAAUGAUGUUAUGUUGCCCUCUUCAAGUGUUCUGCUACCUCUCUCACCCCUCUCUCCUCCCUGUUCAUCCCUAAAUGAUGAUGAUGCCUCCAUAGCCCAUCUACAACCUGACGACUUCCAAUUCCCACAAUCUUCGCCUCCUGAUUCUUCCAGAUCCCAGGUCGAUCUCCCUGUGGAUUCAGAAUUAAGUGACCAGCUAAAACCGGAUCACGUGGAAAGACUAUUUUCCAUGGAUAUAGAGUCCAAAACCCCCUUUAAUACACAGGGAGUGGGUUUGGAUCUGGAGAUGUUAGCUCCAUACAUUCCCAUGGAUGAUGAUUUCCAGCUGCGGACUGUUUCUCCAGUCGAGUCGAUGUGUUCCAGCCUGGGUUCAGUGCUUGAACUGACCCCCUCCAGCAGCACACAAACUGCCCCUGCUCUCCCAGGAGCCCAUCUAGACAUAGUGUCCUGUGACACUGUUUCACAGAACACUAGAACCACAAAGCAGGAUAACAGCAGGGAAAUUAUUCAAGACAGUGAUAUUUCUUCUAAAUGUCAGACCAACCCAAAGCUACUCAAGAGAAAACUGGAGACCAUACCUCUGUCUGAAGCAAUAAGGCUGGUGGUGACUGAUUUUCCAGAGAAGAAGGUAAAAAAAUCAGACGCUUCAUCAUCAGAAGGGAUUCGUCAUACCACAAUACUGUUGCUGCCAUCUGAUGUUGCGAGUAGGUUAUUGAGCAGAUCAUCAGAGGGUGGAGCCGUAACGAUGCCCCUCCCCCAGCUUACCCGUUAUGACUGUGAGGUAAAUGCACCUGUGACUGGGCGGCAGCACCUGCUACAGGGGGAGGAGCUACUGUGUGCCUUGGACCUAGUUAUUUAAAAAAAAAAAAAAAAGCCAUACUUUUGUUUUCCCAUGAUUAGGGAGAGAUCAGUAGCAUUAUGGACUAACUUCCAUUACAAAGAAACAGUGGUGAGCAAUCAAAACAGCUGGGAUGCUUCUGCUUCUAAUGAGUGGAUGGUAAAUACAAGCUGGACAUCAAAAAGCAAAAAACUAGAUAAUAAUAACCAAUGAGGGUAAAACGGAGUUCGUAGAGCAGUUAUGAGCUGUGCUCUUACAGGUUAGAAAUACGCACAGAGAAGAGAAUAUAUAUUCUAUUCUAUAUAAGAUUGUAUUGUGUGACAACUGCAAAUAUUAUUCUUGCACAAAUUACAUGAAUUUACCUGCAGCUUUCAGAAAAUGUUAUUUUAUUAGCACUGCUGUUUUUAUAAUUACUUUCAAGGUAUGUCUAAAUGUUUUCUUUGUUUAGGUCUCUAUGUGUCCCACAUGAAAACAUGGAUGUAAAUGUGUGUAAAUGUUGUGAAAUGUCUAAAGUGGCUGUUAUUUUAAUCCGUUUGAUAUAUUAUACAGCAUUUGAGAGUGGUCAGCAUGGGUAGAGUGAUCCACACUACUACCUAAAACUACCUUAAUGUUGAAAUUAUUACUCACUGUUGUUAUUAUUAUUGCUAGAGAUUUCUACUUAGUUAAAUAUCUGAAUAUAUCUAGGGCAUUAACAAGUUAAAUGUUCUCUUGUGUUCCGUUAACAGUGGCAUAUAGGAGGCAUAAGAUAUGGUACAAUGCCUAGUGUGUGAGCUUUGCCGCUGUGUGUCUCUCAUGUUCUUCUUCGUCGUGUCACAUUGUCUUCAGGACAAUUGUAAUGUCUGUGACAAAUAAAAAAGUUUUUCAACAACAUUCAGCUUUAAAUAUCAAUGUUUGGCUUUAAUUUGAAGCCUUAAAAAAAUAUAUUAUACUCAAUAAGACAAAAAAAAUAAAAAAUAAAUAAAAACAACAAAAAUAAAAAUACAGUAAAAAGUAAUAUUGUUAAAUGUUGUAGUAAUUUAACAAUUAACUGUUUUCUAUUUACCCUACAUCCACAUGAUCCUUCUGAAAUCAUUCUAAUAUGCUGAUUUGUUGCUCAAGAAACAUUUCUUAUUAUCAUCAGUAUUGAAAACAGUUGUGCUACUUGAUAUUUUUUUUUAGAAUUCUUUAAAAGUUCAAAAGAACAGCAUUUAUUAUGAAUAAAAAUCUUAUGUUUUAUACAUUAUAGUUUACUACGCUGGGUAUACAGUGAUAGACAAAAAGGUUUAAAUGAUAUUUAGCUUAAUUGCAAGGUGCAAUGAAGCCAUACACAGAGGGGAGGAAAAUAUAAAAUGACGUAAAGAGUUUAACAUAAAUAAAAAAACAAUUGCAUCCACAUAAGGUAAAAUGGCAAUUAGAAGAGCACAUUAAGAAAACAUAAAGAAGAAUAUUUAACACCAAAACACAAAGACAUAUAACCUGAGAUGAUAACUGAAAUCAAACUACUCUGUUUUCAAGAACAUGCUCAAAAGAUUAUUUAUUGUUAAACUAAUAUAAACUAUAUUAUCAAAAUUGAUUCUGGAAGUAAGAGUGGAAGCUAGAAGUAAAUCAAAAAAGCCCAAAAGUCCACUUUAUUGUUUCUAUAAUUAAAAUCCAUUGUCAAACUUUGACCUUUACUGGACUGUUACUUUACAUUAUAUUACAUUUUGGUGGUGUAGUGCACUCCAAUCACCCCUAAACUGAUUUAAGGUACAUAGGAAAUUUUCAAGUUUAAAGGGAUAGUUCACCCAAAAAUGAUAU